GCCUACCCUCCACUACCAGCCAUGGAGGCUCUGACAGUAACAUCAGUGCGGACGGAGCUGCAGCAGCAUCUGGGGUCAUGGCCGGGGGUGCUGAGUGUUCGGGGGCCGGCGAGCCGCAGAGAACCCGUGUUGCUCUGGAGCACCUGCAGCAGAAGAUUCUGAAGGUCACCGAACAGAUCCGUGUGGAGCAGGAGGCCCGGGACGACAACGUUGCAGAGUACCUGAAGUUGGCACACAACGCAGACAAACAGCAGGCGUCCAGAAUCAAGCAGGUGUUCGAGAAGAAGAACCAGAAGUCAGCCCAGACCAUCGCACACUUGCACAAGAAACUAGAGCACUAUCACAAGAAGUUAAAGGAGAUAGAACAGAAUGGACCAGCCAGGCAGCCUAAGGAUGUCCUGCGGGACAUGCAGCAGGGAUUGAAGGACGUUGGGGCCAAUGUUCGUGCUGGGAUAAGUGGUUUUGGAGGUGGAGUAGUCAUAGGAGUCAAAGGUGGAGUAUCCGCCCUCACCCACACAGCCGUGGUCUCCAAGCCAAGAGAGUUUGCCAGUCUAAUCAGGAACAAGUUUGGCAGUGCAGAUAACAUUGCUCACUUAAAGGACACACUCGAAGACGGAGUCGGGGGACACUCUGAGGACGCCCCCACACCUCGUGCCCUGAGUGGAAGUGCCACUCUGGUCUCCAGCCCAAAGUACGGCAGCGACGACGAGUGCUCCAGCGCCACGUCCGGCUCAGGAGCAGGCAGUAAUUCUGGUGGGGCAGGGGGAGGAGGAGGCUUGUUAGGACCAACCAUGGGGAGUCCCAGAUUGGACGGGCACCACCACCACCACCAUCACAUGCACAGCUCUUGGGACUCUCUACUUGAGGGCCUGCAGGAGAUUAAGGCCAGCCAGGCACAUAUGGAGGAUGCUAUUGAUGACAUGAAGGGCCAGCUGCAGAGUGACUACUCCUACAUGACACAGUGCCUGCAAGAAGAGAGAUACAGGUAUGAGCGACUUGAGGAACAGUUAAAUGAUUUAACAGAGCUGCACCAGAAUGAGAUGACUAACCUUAAACAGGAACUCGCCAGCAUGGAGGAAAAAGUCGCCUACCAGUCCUAUGAGAGAGCGAGGGACAUUCAGGAGGCUGUUGAGUCGUGCCUGACCCGCAUCACCAAGCUGGAGCUGCAGCAGCAACAGCAGCAGGUCGUCCAGCUGGAGGGAGUGGAGAACGCCAAUGCUCGAGCUCUGCUGGGCAAACUCAUCAACGUCAUCCUGGCCCUCAUGGCCGUGCUGUUGGUCUUCGUCUCCACCUUGGCCAACUUCAUCACCCCGCUGAUGAAGACCCGAGCCCGGGUGGCCGCCACCGUCCUGCUGACCUUGCUGCUGUUCAUCCUGUGGAAGCAGUGGGACUUUGUGGAGCCGUGGCUGCUGCCCAGCUGAGCUCCCUGCACGGGAGAGACUCCAGAGGGGACCAAAGCAGAGAGGCUGGUUUUCAACUCUGAAAUAGAAAGAGAGUCACUGCACUUGUUCCCUUUGAGUGUAAAGGUGGAACAUCUGAGGACAAAACAUAGCACUUUUGGUUGGAGGAGAGGACAGGAACCUGCUGGCGGAGAGUGUUGAGAGGAGUUUACAGUGAGAAAGAACAGAAACUCUUUGCUUGACAAGCGACAAAAGACAUUAUCUCAUCUCACCCAAACCUAUUGGUGUUGAUGACCAAUCAUCGAUUGCAUUGCUGUCACCAAAAAACUGAGUUUCUUGCAAGAAAAUCUUUGGAUCGUCUUUUUCUAAUUAUUUAUGAUACAUGAAUUACAAAGUCUAGAACAACUUAUAAUGACUUUUAAAAUGCUGAUCAUGUUCACUGUAACCUUCAUGUUGAAGCUAUAGUAUAUGUGGGAGGAAAAGGUUUUUUUCAUGAAUGUUAUGUGCUCAUGCAUGUCCUCAUAUGUGCACUAAGAUGCAUCUAGCUGGCAUGAGUUAACAUUUCAUUAAUGACAAAAUGAAUCUUCUAUAACUGCCAUUUUGUUGUCAGAAAUACAGUGCAGAUAUGUUUUAUCUCAACAUUCCUGGUUUGUUUCAUAUCCCGUUCUGGUGUUGAAGCAGUGCUUUUAGAUGCAUUUCUAUCUUUUCUGUCUAUUUCUUGAAGUCGAAUGAACUGUUUUAAAAAAAGAAAGAAUGAAAAAAAAGCUGAUAUCUGCAACAAGUUCACCUUAAUAAUUCAACUACGUAAAAUCUGUUUUGUCCAUAAAUGCUAUUUCAUAAUCACUAUUGUAGAACUGCUACUAUCCACAGUGUCAAAUUAACUGGCAUGUCAAAUUGUAUCAAAGUUUAUAUCCAGUUUGCAAAAAAUAAUUAUUGCUGUUUUA